CGGCCGCGCCUUCCGCGGCUAUUGGAUUAGUGGCCUUCAGGGAUGAGCUCAGCCAGAUCGGCUUUCAGCUGCAGCCUCCCGGCCGGCCGGGAAGGCGGGGAGCGGGCGGCCGUGGAGGAGGAGGGGGAGGCGGCGGCUGCAGCAUCCAGAGCUGGCCCUGGCAGUCGGCGCGCCCCGCGCACAAAGGCGCCCAGCCCCUGGGGAAGGCGAUGAGGGCACCGCAGCCCGGGCCCCUGCCACCGCUGCAGCCAUCGCGGCGUGCGCCCGGGGCGCUGGGGAAGAAACCCGGCACUCUAGGGACAGGCGGCCGAGGUGCGGCCCGUGCGCCCUAAGCGCGGGACUCGCCGCCCUCCAGGUCAGGCGCCAAGCUUCGGGGCGGCCAGGGAGCGGGCUUCCGCGCCCCCCUGAGAUCCGCGCCCCCUGAGAUCGGCGCAGUCGGGACCUUCCCCACCCGGGACCGGAUCUCGGAGCCCUCUUGCCGCGCCUGAGCUCCAACUUCGCCAAGAACGUCCCUAACUCCAGGGCACCCUGCAGGGAGAGAGGGCGCUGCUGCCGGGCACAAGCCGAGAGGACGCGCCGCUGGCGGAGAAGCCAGCAUCCGCGGGGUCGCUCGGGCGCCCCUGAGUGGGCAGCAGCGGCAGCAGACCUCUCUCCCGGGAGUUCUGGACCUGCCAGCGCUGGGGAUUCCUCCCGGGCAGGCGCUCGCCCUCUCUUUUAUGGAGCUUGGGCCUCUGCCACAGCCCAGCAGAGGCUGUGGAGAUCAACCAUCAGAAAGCCUGGUUCCCAGCCCCGGGGUCCAUCCCUGGCUGCUGCGGGGAGUGGAGGCUCCUGCGAGGUAGCAGUGGCCCGCAGCGGUCCCCUCCCCAUAGUGAGCCAUGGGUCAGAAGCUCUCUGGGAGCCUCAAGUCCGUGGAGGUACGAGAGCCAGCACUACGGCCGGCCAAGCGGGAGCUUCGAGGCUCAGAGCCAGGACGGCCAGCGCGGCUAGACCAGCUUCUGGACAUGCCUGCUGCAGGGCUGGCUGUGCAGCUGAGACACGCGUGGAACCCCGAGGACCGCUCGCUCAAUGUCUUCGUCAAGGAUGACGACCGCCUCACCUUCCACCGCCACCCGGUGGCCCAGAGCACAGAUGGCAUCCGCGGCAAAGUGGGCCAUGCCCGGGGCCUGCAUGCAUGGCAGAUCCACUGGCCAGCCAGGCAGCGGGGCACCCAUGCCGUGGUGGGCGUGGCCACAGCCCGUGCCCCUUUGCACUCAGUGGGUUACACCGCACUGGUGGGCAGCGACUCUGAGUCAUGGGGCUGGGACUUGGGCCGCAGCCGCCUCUACCACGAUGGCAAGAACCGGCCUGGGAUAGCAUACCCUGCUUUCCUCGGACCAGAUGAGGCCUUCGCUUUGCCAGAUUCCUUACUGGUCGUGCUGGACAUGGACGAGGGCACGCUCAGCUUCAUCGUGGAUGGCCAGUACCUGGGCGUGGCCUUCCGUGGCCUCAAGGGCAAGAAACUGUACCCGGUCGUGAGUGCUGUGUGGGGCCACUGCGAAGUCACCAUGCGCUACAUCAAUGGCCUUGACCCUGAGCCCCUGCCACUGAUGGACUUGUGCCGGAGAUCCAUCCGCUCAGCCCUGGGCAGACAGCGCCUGCGGGACAUCGGCUCCCUGCCUCUGCCUCAGUCUCUCAAAAACUAUCUGCAGUACCAGUGAGCGGUGCUGAAGGCCUGCUGGCAUCUGUGGUCACACAGCACUGACUUGGCAAAGGAAUGCCUGUUGCCACUGUGACUGCCAGGGCCAAACUGCUGCCAUCAUCGACCAGGACAAGAAGGCCACCCAACCAGAGUGUAGAGGCCACUUCUUCCUCAAGAGAAUGAAUAAAACAUUUGGCAGGAGACGGCGUCCUGUUCCCCACUGCAGACAAACCUGGGAAAACUGGCCAGUGGAGAGAAAAUAGCUUCUGAAUAAUGAAUGACGGAAGCAAAUCCUUGAUGGUCCCCUCCCUGCCUGCCCCAGGCCAAGGCAGGGAGAUUGUCCUUCCAUUUGAAGACAUAGUACCACUUUGAGAGACAAGUCACCAGGGACCACCGCAGUGCGAAGAACCUGGGCUUUCCUCUCUGAGCAGGCCUCCUCAUCCCUCCCUGCCCUCUCCCACCGUGGAUAGGGUCCUUGGCGGUCCCCACCUUCUAUUCAGGGACUCUAGUCUGAUGAUUACUUGCCCCCAGGACAGAGUUUAUUCUUGGGUAUGAUCCUUUUAGGUAGCGUUUGCAUUUUGAAAGAGAUGUGUGGUGAAGAUGGCUUUCUCCCAAAGGUGCUAAGGAGGAAGGGGGCCUCGGGACACCAAGUCUGUGACACCCUGAGUGUCCAGGACUCUGGCCGCCAUCAUUCAGGGUGAAGCCUGGCUGUCACACAGCUUUCUUUGAGCAAAUUAUUUUUUCACUUUAGGAGACUUCCGCAGUUUGUUUCUCGUUUCCGAGACGUGUGUGACAUGCUGUUUACUUCUCAGCUGGCGUGGCCUUGGGACUGGAAGGGGUGGGUGUGUCACACAGUCUCUGCAGAGCCUGAGAACCAUCCUCUCACAGAAUGGUGCUGCUGCCGCUAGCACCAAAUUCAGCAUCUUUGGUGAGUUCCGGAUACUCCCCACCCAGACUCGUGUGUAACUGGAAAUCAUCACAGCGUGGGAUACCAGACGACGUAGCCUCCACUCUAAUGUGAAUGUGACCUACGAGCAAGGAACAUUUCUAAUAAAGUUUGUCAUUCUGUCCUUGA